CCUAUGCGUAAUAUUUAUCGACCGCGGACGUGUUUGAAGAGACGCCUCCUCCCUCCUGAGGUGGAGGCGCAGCCAAUCAGCUGCUCCACUUCCUGAAGUAAAGUCAGCGACGACGGAUGGGGUUGACGUGACAACGGAGAUGGAAGUGAACCGUUUGGACUUCUACAUCGGUCUCUCUCUGGCCGUGAGCUCCAGCGUCUUCAUCGGUGCCAGUUUCAUCCUGAAGAAGAAAGGCCUGCUGCGAUUGGCCAGCAAGGGUUCAAUGCGAGCAGGUCAAGGGGGGUAUGCUUACCUGAAAGAAUGGCUGUGGUGGGCAGGACUGAUUUCAAUGGGAACUGGAGAGGCGGCCAACUUUGCCGCAUAUGCAUUUGCACCUGCCACACUGGUGACCCCUCUUGGAGCACUGAGUGUACUUGUGAGUGCUGUGCUCUCCUCUUACUUUCUGAACGAGAGGCUGAAUGUGCAUGGGAAGAUUGGUUGUUUACUGUGCGUCUUGGGCUCCACAGUGAUGGUUAUCCAUGCCCCACAGGAAGAGGAGGUUUCUUCCCUUACUUCCAUGGCAGAGAAGCUUAAAGACCCAGGUUUCAUUGUGUUUGCUGUGUGCGUUGUGGGAAGCAGCCUGGUUCUUAUCUUUGCUGUGGCUCCGCGAUUUGGACAGAAGAAUGUGCUGGUCUACAUCCUGAUCUGCUCUGUGAUUGGCUCCCUCUCUGUGUCUUGUGUCAAGGGCCUGGGCAUUGGCAUUAAGGAGCUGUUUGCUGGGACAGCAGUGCUGAAGGAACCCCUGUUCUGGUCCUUAGUCAUCUGCCUGGUAAUCUGUGUCAGCGUUCAAAUCAGUUACCUGAACAAAGCCCUCGACAUCUUUAACACCUCCAUAGUCACCCCCAUCUACUACGUCUUCUUCACUACAUCUGUCAUGGCCUGCUCAGCUAUCCUGUUUAAAGAAUGGUUGAGUAUGACCACAGACGAAGUAGUGGGAACGAUUAGCGGGUUCCUCACCAUCAUUUUAGGUAUCUUCCUUCUCCAUGCCUUCAAGGACAUCACAUUUAGCUCAGAUUCUCUCCCACUGUACCUGAGGAAGGGUCCUCAGGGCUUUCCAUGGAGCCACCAACCUUAUGUGGCUCUUCCCAGUCAUGACAGCCAAGCAGAAGAUGAGAUCAAGCUGCCAAGGGAAGGAGGCUCCAAAGCAGGGUGGGGUACACACCAGAGAGCUCCUUAACAGUUUUGUCACUAGUCACAGUAGUUGCUUAUUGCAAUUCUGAAGCUUUAAUGCACAUCACAGCUUUACAGUGUGACAAGAUAGUUUACUAAAUCUGAAUUUCAAGUCUGUCUUAGUGCUGUGUGCACUGGAUGGACGAAGUUGCCUUAAAACGAGCAUAACCUUGCAAUCAACACACUGGAAUCCAUAAAAACAUGUAUGUUAUUAGUUGUACAUGAAGACGCUUCCACAUUUUUCCUUUGGUUGGUAGUGUAAUUUAUAUCCAUGUGAAUGUGUUGCACUGCUGUAUAUAUAUAUAUUUUUUACAGUACCUUAAGUUAAAUUCAUUGAAAAUUUAAUAGUAGCCUGCAUAAGCAAGGCUGUGCCUUCUGUUACUGAAAGAGAUAACCUGUUCAUAGUUUUGCACUUUUAACCUUGAUCAUGUACAGUAUUACACAAAUGUACAAACUGCUUUAUGACCAAUUGCGGCAAAAGAAUGCAUUCAAUCAUCUCUUGUUGAUGAACAAGUUUGAAUAAUUCCUCUGAUGGGUUACUGUUAAUACCUCAUACAAAUCACACCAAAGAAUGUUUUUUUUUUUCUUGUAUGAAUUAAUUCCCAAAAUGUGCCAAGCUGUAACAUAUCUCUGAUGUAACUGUACUUUCU